AUGGGUCUCGCUAGUAAACUUAAAGCCGCUCAAGCAGCGGAAAAUGCACAAGGAGGUUAUCCUCAACAGGGCUAUGGAGGUGCUCCUCAAGGAGGAUAUCCUCAGCAAGGUUAUGGCCAACAGGCACCUCAGGGAUAUCCCCAGCAAGGUCAACAAGGCGGAUAUGGCCAACAGGGAGGUUACUCUCAACAAAGACCCCCUCAAUCUCAAGGUUACAGCGCUUCAGCUUACUAUAAUUUGCUUCGUCAGACAGUUCAAGAAAAUCAAUUGAAUGCAUUUUACAAUGAUCAACAGUUGCAACAGAUUGCCCAGUCAUUACCACAAAAGAUUCUUCAGGUUUCACAACGCUGGAAGAUCCCAAUGGAAAUUGCAAAUGAUCUCAGUAAGCUUGCACUCUAUGACAUUAUCUUGUAUCUUGAUGAUAGUGGAUCUAUGAGAUUUGACGAAGAUGGUGAACGCAUUGAAGAUCUUAAGUUGAUUGUGACACGCACUGCCUUUAUUUGUGGGUUGUUUGAUCACAACGGUAUUAGUGUACGAUUCAUGAAUAACAACUUUAAAGGCGAGAACCUGCGGGAUGAGCAACAGGUGAUUGAUAUGAUUAAUAGAAUCAAGUUUGAAGGUAUCACCCCAUUGGGGACUAACUUGGAAUCGCGUGUGAUUGAACCAUUUUUAAUUGCGCCUCUUCGUCGUCAAGCACUGCCUAAGCCUCUUUUAAUCAUUACCAUUACUGAUGGAGAACCUACUGGUGAAAGCACCAAGAAAGUGUUUAAAGUUGUUGAAAGCGUAAAGAAGGAUCUUUUGAAUUCCAAGUACCGUCCUGGUGCAUGCGCUUUCCAGUUUGCCCAGGUUGGCAAUGAUCUCAAAGCUCGUGAGUUCUUGGGGAAGCUUGAUACUGAUCCAGUUGUUGGCAGAUUAGUUGACUGCACAAGCAAUUACGAGUUUGAGCAGGACGAGAUGUCCAAGCAAGGUGUGAGUUUGGAUCCUUCGACAUGGCUUGUAAAGAUGCUUCUUGGAGCAAUUGACCCUAGCUACGAUACUCAGGACGAAAGUCGCCGUUAG